AUGAUCAACAAAGCUCUUUUGGAGCCUCUUGAGGAAUAUCGCCUGACGCAACCACUGGUCAAGAUACCCAUUGAGAUUGAUACGCCAGAUCUACAUGAAAUAUCAGAACUACGGAUUCUACGGUUACUAUCUAAGCUCAACCCAUCAAAGGCGAGUGGCCCGGACGAGGUGCCAAAUUGGCUCUUGAAGGAAUUCGCGGAUUUUCUUGCUUUCCCAGUCAGCAAAAUCAUGAAUGCGUCUCUUAGAGAGCAGUGCUUGCCGCAUAUGCGGAAACUUGCUGAUGUGACCCCCCUACGCAAGAGGAAGCCUGUAGAAGAUCUCAUGAAAGACUUGAGACCAAUUUCACUGACGGCAUGCCUCUCUAAGGUGGCAGAGGAAUGUGUUGUAAGUGAUUACGUCAAACCAGCCGUCUUGAGAGUUUUGGAUCCAAACCAGUAUAGGCUUGUGCCGAACUCCUCUGCAACCCAAGCUCUGAUUCACAUGAUUCACCGAUGGGCACAAGCGACUGACGGAAACGGCGCCACCGUGAGAGCCACACGAUAUGAUUAUAGGAAGGCUUUUGAUCUUAAAGAUCAUGACAUUUUAGUUAGGAAGCUGACCGUCUUGGAGAUACCAAAACAGAUAAUUAAUUAG